CUGAAUGUAGCAAAAUAGCCCGUACUUUGUUUACGUCCCGCUGGUUAGCUGACAGCAGUUGUAGACCUGUACUCACACUUACAGUCCUGCUUGCAUGCCUCUGGCGGAUGUCUGGAGCUCUGUGAACUUUCAGCUGACUGUCUCAUAUGCUGAGGAUGGGAUGUUUUGUUUAAUGGAGGGGACGCGCUAGAUGCCGACAGGAGGAUGAACUCCAUCACCGGUCGGGUUCUUGCUAUACCCGCUGCCUCUGUGACCAACUCUGGAGCUUCAUCCUCUCGAGCCUUGCACGUAGAGCUCACAUCCCAACAGAGACGGUUGCGUCAUCUCCGGAGCAUCGCUGCCAGGAACAUUGUCAACAGGAAUGGUUCUCCUCUGCUGGACACUUACUUCACCCUCCACCUCUGUGUUGGAGAUCGCAUUUCCAGAGAUUUUUACAAGAGUGAAGUCAUUCGAGACUCACUGAAUCCAACUUGGAGGAGCCUGGACUUUGGCAUGCUCCCAGACCUUCUGGACACUUCAGUGUCUUGCUUCGUGGUGAGAAUCUGGGGGGGCCAGGAAGAGCAAUACCAGCUCCUCAUUGAGUGGAAAGUCAGUCUGGAUGGCCUCAGAUACACAGGACAGCAGAUUCGAUCCAGAAAUCCAAAUGAGAUCAUAUUUGGAUUGAAUGAUGGCUACUAUGCAGCUGACUUCGAUCAUAAGGAUCAGUCGGAGCGGAAGAAUCACAGUCUGCUUCAGGUCGACCAGAGUUCAGUCAGGAACUCCUACAGCGUUUUCUCUUUGCUCAGGCUUCACACAGCCCAAAGAGCAAUCAAGCAGACGCAAGUGACGGUCCAGAGGAUUGGGAAGGAAAUUGAGGAGAAACUAAGGACGACAGCAAGCUGCACCGAGCGGAAGAAAGAGCGGGAAUGCAUGCAGCUACGAAUCGCCGUGCUCUGCAGCGAGCUGCAGCGACAGAGGAAGGCGCUUGGCAGGGAGAUAGACCUUCAACAGAAGGAGAGGGCACAGCUGCAGAAGAAAGAGGAAGCAUUUUCUGCUCAGCAUGAGAGUCUAAAGGAGGAGAAGGAAUCUUUAACCAGGCUGCAGAAGGAAUGCACAGCCAAGAGAGAGCAGUUUCUGAAGUCCAACGCUCAGCUCACCUUCCGCUGUCGUCAGCUCCUCUCCGAGCUCUCUUACAUCUACCCGAUCGAUGUGGCCAAUCAGUCAGAUUAUGUCAUCUGUGGAGUGAAGCUGCCAAACUCGGAGGACUUUCAAGCAAAGGAUGAUGGGAGCGUGGCUGUCGCCCUGGGAUACACAGCACACCUGGUCCUGAUGAUCUCGUCCUUCCUUCAGAUUCCUCUUCGCUAUCCGGUGAUCCACAAAGGUUCCCGCUCCUCCAUCAGGGACACCAUCACCGACAGGCUCACGGAGAAGGAGAGAGAAUUCCCUUUGUACUCCAGAGGAGAGCGGUUUCACUUUGAAUAUGGCGUCUACUUACUGAACAAGAACAUAGCGCAGCUGAGAUAUCAGCAUGGCUUGACCACCCCCGAUCUGCAGCAGACACUGCCCAACCUGAAGAACUUCCUGGAACACGGCCUGAUGGUGCGAUGUGACCGACAUCACGUCUCUAGCUCCAUUCCAGUUCCCAUCAAAUCCCAGCUGGGUGUGUCCGCUGCCUCAGAAAUGGGCUACACAUGCCACACCAGCUCUCCAGACCGAGGCCUGAGGAAGAGGGCGAGCUCGGAGGCUGAGGCACAGCUCAAGUACAAACCAGCUACUCCUCCCAGUUACAACACAGAUGUGGGUGUAGAGCAGCCCCCCGCAGGCCUGCUGCCACCGGCACCCAAACACCUGUCCUCCUCCCUCGAUGCCAGCAUGGCCACGCUUAACCUCACCUCGACUUCAGAGGCCGACAAGCCAGGAGAGCAAAGGGAGGAGAGCGAGGAGGGUGGGGACACAGCAGUGGAGGAGGAGAAAGGCGAAAUAGUUGACGAAGAGACUGAAGCACUUAAAGAAGUAUCUGAAGAGCAGCCACCCAGCAGCGCAGCUGCAUCCACGUUUUCUGUGACGCAAGACAUCGCCGGAGAAACGGCUCCUGCUAACCAGCACAUGGGCACCAUGAAUGGAUCCUUGGUACCAGGACAGGGUACCGUUAGCCCGGUCCCAGAGCUGCACUGCUCUGUGGAGCAAGCUGAGGAGAUAAUGGGCACAGAGGCCACAGGUUUAGGCCUGGGCAUGGGGUUAGGGUUGGGGUUAGCAGACGAGGCCCGGCUGGACGACUACCGCUGCAUCCCUGUGGACCACGCAGUAGCUGUGGAGUGUGACGAGCAGGUGCUGGGUGAGCUGGACGUGGCCGGGUUCGAGGAGUUCUCCAGACGCAUCUACGCACUAAAUGAGAACAUGUCGAGUUUCCGUCGGCCGCGCAAAAACUCAGAUAAGUAAAGCAGACGACCUAAGCGGAGAGGGAGGCUUGGAAAACUAAGCUUGCACACGGGGCACAGACUGAGAGGACGGAGGUUUGGUCCUCUCUCCUUAACUGCAGCAUCAAAAUGAUGGGAGCUUUUCUGGAAUAACCAAUUUGCACUUAUUGUAAACAUUACCAUUGUGAAAACUAGUCAAACGUGCAAAUACUGGGACAAAGAGCUUAAACUUUACUUUUUGAUGCCAGCGGUAAUAAUAUAGAACCAAUACCAGGCGUGAAACAUUUCAGUUUUUUGUCAGUCACUCAUGGAUCUGGUCUCAGGUUGUUGAUCACUGUGUAUUAGUCUGUUGAUGCAUAACAGGGGACCAUUAAUGCUUUGCUGAGAAAAUGCACCAACUAUCCCAGUUUUUUGGUUUUAAAAUUAUUAUUGCCCUAAAAUAAAAAUCAUCAUAAAUUCUAAACUUAAUUUAACGACGACACUCAGCAUCCUGUGUGGAAGUCCUCUUCCUGUGUGGAAGUCCUCUUCCUGCGCCUGCACAGAACGUUUCACCGCUGCUUUGCUUGGAGCUUUUUUUCUUUUCCUUUUCUGAGAGCCAGCUGUCCCAGCACUUCCACCUUUGAUUAAACACAAUUCCAGCGCCUUCAUUCAGGGUGCAUGGCAGCAGACGUGUGCAGGACGGGUAUAUGUGUGCUUCCCACCAGCAUGCAAACACAGUCACACCAUCAGUUAGAAAACCCACCAGUGACCUUUGAAUGCAGCAGGAUUUGGCUUCCAUGAAGUGAGGUGGGAGCUGGAACCAGUAGCCCAGUCGGAGCAACUGUGACGUAUUUCAUCUCCUCACCUGUCAGUCUCCAGACGGGCUUCUCCUUCAGGGCUUAGAAGAGUGGCUGAUUGGAUUCCCAGUAAAUAGCAGGGAAACGGUGCAAUCGUUUGGUUUUUUGUUUGGUUUGUUUUGUUUUUUUUCCAAUCUGUGCCCACUCUUUGUUUUUCUGUUUUUUGUUUUAUUUUUUUUUAUUUUAUUGUACCCUCUCACCAUUAAUUUGAUUGUUAAUGUCCACUGAUUUGUACAUUGAGCAGAAACAAAUUGUACUCUCUCUGUUCUGUUGGGAUGCUCGGAGGCUCCCCGUCAGCUGUCAAUCGAAAGAGCCCAAGUCCAGCUGUGAUUUGUCUCCCUGCUCUGGAUGCUUUCUUGCACUGGUAUUCAAUUAUUACAUUAUUUAUGCCUCUCAAGUGUUUUUGCAAAGAAAAUUAAUGUAUAGUUUUAUUUCCUGAUCACGUCAUUUAUGAAUAUUCUCAAAUCUUAGACUGAUAUCACCACCACCAACUCGGACAGCUGCUCUGCAUCACCUGCCGUGACGGAGAUGCACUUCCACAUGCAGCCUCUGUGUUUUAGAUCCAGUGACAUGGUUGCUGACUGUUGAGAAGUAUUGUAUGUAAAACUGAAAGAUGAACCAUGUUAGAUUGUUUCCAUAAACUGCUACACACCUCAGUAAGUGACCAUGUACAUAUACUUUUGUAUGGAGAUUUUUUUUCUUUUGGUUAUUAAAGACUUGCAGUCCAAUGGCA